CGCUCACUCCAUUGGUCUACCCUACAGAGAGCAUCGAAGCAACGUUGCGGUGUCUUCAAAGGAGAAACUGCGUAAUGCGCAAUAGCUGCUGGUCUCCAGUGCGCCUUGUCAGUCCAUCAGGCUGUGACACUUAUCGUUUCGAAAGCAGCAGCGCACCACACAGAGAGAGAACGAGCAGGAGAGAAUGGAGAAAAGUGAAGAGAACGACGAUGAAGCAUCCUCGUCCUCGUCCCACCAAAACACAAUGUGGAAACAAUUUCAAGCGAGAGCCAAACCCAUCCUUAGCCCCAAACUCAGCGCCAGAAACCCAGAUGAGAAAAAGGAGAAGGGAUCAUUGUGGAUGUUUCGCAAGAAGAAAAAACACCCUGUUUUGGAUCGGGUGAUCUCCUCCUCACAGCCCGACCUAUUCUCCGAACCGGUGGGUUUGGACUUGCAGGAGUCGCCCCUCUGCGGCAAAGUGGACCCGAGCACCAGCCACAGCUCCAGACAGGCGGGCGAAGAGACGAUGCAGCCCGACACACAGGGAGUCGUUGGCGGCUCGGGAAUCCCGAAGCCCACGCUAGUACAGCUGGUGCAGUCCCACCACAAGAGCUCUUCGCUGGGGUCCUCGUGCCUGGAGAGGCUGGUUGCGGACCCUUCAGCGAGUGGUAGUGACAGCGAUGUAGGAGAGAAGGAGGCACAGCUGGAUAAAGCUGACCUGCAGGUUAUGGGUGCCACUGAUGCCUCGGGGGUUAACUCGGACAGAACUCUGCCCAGCUCAGAGAUGUACCAGCUGGAUAUAGUGCUGAAGAGAGGACACAACCUGGCCAUACGGGACAGAGGAGGUACCAGUGAUCCGUAUGUGAAGUUUAAGCUGUGCGGGAAAGAGGUGUUUCGCAGUAAGACCAUCCACAAGAACCUUAACCCUGUCUGGGACGAGGGGACUAAACUACUGGUGGACAGUCUGCAGGAUCCUCUCUAUGUC